UUGAAAAAAGGGUGGAGAGAGAGAGAGUGAGUGUGUGUGUGGUGACAGGGUGUUUUAGUGUAAUACGUACGAGGAAGUUCGGCGGAGACUUUUUGGAGAAGCACACACAGCCUAGUGUUGUUGGCCACGCAGAGAGACACAGAAGAGUUUUUUUAAUUUUAUUGUCUACUUUUUUCUACACGAGGACCUAAGGAAUUAAAGCGCGACGGUCAACAGAGACACACAGAACGGAACAGAGUAGUGGAUCUCUUCUGUCCGGCUGUUUUUGUUUUUGUUCCAGUACUUGUGUUUCCGUUGUCUCCGAGUUUAUUCUUCUCCCGUUGCUCGGAUUUGUACUUAAAGACCGUGGUAAAGAAGGAAGACAGAAACGUAGUAAAGCGAACACAUUAAGGACUGAAUGGAUGACGAGCUGAAAGAAUGGAUGAAUGAAUGAAACUGGAUGGAUGAAUGUAUACUACACAGAUCCUUGCUACACAGAAGGCAUUUCUGGAUUUUUGUUAUUGUUGCUGUGGAGACUGAAGAGUAACCAGGACCUCUUUUGGAGAAUCACCGCUGCUUGCCUUUCCUGUUCCAAAUUGGAUUUUAAUGGGUCCCUAUGGCUACCUUAUUCCCUGCCAUUCGUUUGCACUGGUGGAUCCUUUCCAGCUAGUCCUUGAUCGCUUGACCUUGUCUUUAUUUUCCGGUAUCCAUUGCUUUGGUCUGGGUCUGGGUCUGGGUCCGGUUGUCCUGGAAACGCUAGGUGAGGCCGGCUCCCACAGCUCAGACCGUCAGAGUCCGAGGAGUGAUGAUGGAGACUUUCAGGCUCUCACGUCCUCUCUCCGCUGAGAGACUUGCUGCUCGACUUUGAGUCUCUCUCUCUUUCUCUCUCUUCUUUCUCUCUCUCUCUCUCGCUCUGUCUCUCUCUCCUUUCUGUAUUUAUCUUUCUCUUCCUCUCUCUAUUUUUCUCCCUUUGCCUAUCCUCUCUUCUCUCUCUCUCUCUUUUUCUCUGUGUGUCAUGCCUGCGUCUCAUGUUUGCAAAAUGCGUUCAGAGUCCAGCACUCUGCUUGAUUUCCAGAAGUUGGAUUCACUGUUGGAGGAAAUAGCGAAAUAUUCAGCCUUGGUCCAAAGUGAGGAGGAUGACUUGUCCAGUCCUGGCUCCGCCCAGCCCUCUCAAGGUUCCGCACUGACUCAUCACGCCCUGCCCAGCGCCACCCCCUGGCCAAUCAGCAUGGGGGAUGGUCUGGAGACCACGCCCCUCUCCCUCAGGCCUCCAGUCCUGGACACCAUCCACCCGACCCGCCCCCCGAGGCAGACCAAUCAGCUGCAGUAUCUACUGAAGGGGGUGGUGAAGGCGCUAUGGAAGCACCAGUUUGCAUGGCCCUUCCAGGCCCCCGUAGAUGCCAUGAAGCUCAACAUUCCGGACUACUAUAAGAUCAUUAAGAACCCCAUGGACAUGGGCACCAUUAAGAAGCGGCUGGAGAACGGCUACUACUACAACGCCCAGGAGUGCAUGCAGGACUUCAACACCAUGUUCACCAACUGCUACAUCUACAACAAGCCCGGUGAUGAUAUCGUCUUGAUGGCCGAGGCACUGGAGAAGGCUUUCCUGCAGAAAAUCUCCGACAUGCCUCAGGAGGAAAUCGAGAUCACCGUGGCAACCAAGAGGCCCGGCAGGAAGAGGGACCCAGGCCCCCCUCCGCUGCCUCUGGCCCCCCUCCUCCAUGCCCCGCCCCUGGGCCCCUCCUCCUCCAUGCCCCCGUCCCUCCUCCCGGCCCUCAUGCCCCCGUCGCUCACCCCCGCCGCGCUCACCCCCGCCGCCCUGCUGGGCCCCGCCGCCCUGGGGGGGGGCAUGAUGAUGAUGAUGCCGCCCUCCUCCACCUCCUCUUCCUCCUCCUCCUCGUCCUCCUCGUGCUCGUCCUCGUCUCACGCGGCGGCGCCGGUCCUGGGGCCCGCUCUCCUGGCGCCGGUGCUGGAGCCGUCCUAUCAGCUGGGCCCGCAGGACUGCCUGGGCCACCCGGCGCUGACCAACGCCAGCGCCGCCAACCCGCCCGUGCUCACCGCCAUGCCCCCCACCGCCCCGCUCACCAAGCAGAGGAAGAGUAUGAAGCGGAAGGCGGACACCACCACCCCCACAGCUAACGACCAGCUCAGCGAGUCGUCUCCGGCGGCCACCGAUCCGCGUCCGCGCCGCGAGAGCAGCCGGCCCAAGCAGGCGCGCCAGGACGCCCCCGACUCACAGUUCGCCGCCAGGCCCAGUAAAACAGUGAGUCCUCGGCGUAGCGAGCAGCUGCGGUACUGCCGCGGGGUGCUGCGGGAGAUGCUGGCCAAGAAGCACAUCGCGUACGCCUGGCCCUUCUACCAGCCCGUCGACGCCUCCGCACUCGGCCUGCACGACUACCACGACAUCAUCAAGCACCCCAUGGACCUCGGCACCAUCAAGGUGAAGCUGGACAGCUGGCAGUACCCGGACGCUCAGGACUUUGCAGCAGACGUUCGUCUCAUGUUCUCCAACUGCUACAAGUACAACCCACCCGACCAUGACGUGGUGGGCAUGGCUCGCAAGCUGCAGGACGUGUUUGAGAUGCGCUUCGCCAAGAUGCCGGACGAGCCUAUGAUCAUGCCCCUCCCUGCCCUCAUGCCCACUCCCAUGAUGCCGCAGCCGGCCCCGCCGCCGCCCAUCCUCUUCAGCGAGUCCGAGUCCGAGUCGGAGACGGAGACGUCGGAGGCCCACUCCGACCACGAGAGAGCGCAGAGGCUCGCCGAGCUCCAGGAGCAGCUGAAAGCCGUGCACGAGCAGCUGGCCGCCCUCUCUCAGCAGCAGCCCAACAAGCCCAAGAAGCGAGAGAAGGAGAAGGAGAAGAAGAAGAAAGAAAAAGAGAAAGAGAAGGAGAAGGAGAAAGAGAAAGAGAAGUACAAGAAGAAGACGAGUGCGCCGGCCCUGGACCCGCCCAUCCUGGGCGAGGCCUUCUACACGGAGCCCACGCCCCCUCCCCUCCAGCCAAUCAGGAAGAGCAAAAGCAACAAGGAGGCCGCCGUGCCCACAAAGCCCAAGAAGCAAGGUAAGAAGGACCUCCCCCAGCAGAAGCCCGGCCGGUCCGUGGUCCUUCCUCCCGCCCCUUUCUCCUCCUCCUCCUCCUCGUCCUCCUCUUCCUCCUCCGCCGCCUCCGCCUCAUUGGCUCCCUCCGGCUCCCUCCUCCAAUCGGACGAGGAGGGCGGCGGCGGCGGCGGCGGCGGGGGCGGGGCCACUUCGUCCAGCCGGCCCAUGUCGCUGGAGGAGAAGCGUCAGCUGAGCCUGGACAUCAACCGGUUGCCGGGCGACCGCCUGGGCCGCGUGGUGCACAUCAUCCAGACGCGCGAGCCGGCGCUGCGGCACUCCAACCCCGACGAGAUCGAGAUCGACUUCGAGACGCUCAAGCCGUCCACGCUGCGCGAGCUCCAGCGCUACGUCGGCGUCUGCCUGCACCGCCGCACCAAGGGAGGGAAGGGAGCUGAUAAGAUGAAGAUGAAGAUGGGCUCUUCGUCAGGAAGCAGCAGUGAGGGCAGUUCCUCAGACAGCGACACCUCUGAUACAGGGCUGGUUCCCAAACAGAAAAAGAAGUCGUCCGUUCCGUUGGCCAAACGAGGCCAAUCCAACACCACCACCUCCGCCGCCACUGCACCCCACCACAACUCCGCCCCUCUCAAGCACACCACCACCACCCACGCCCCUCCACCCGCCACCGCCGCCGCCGCCGCCUCCGCUGCCGUCACCGGGCCCUCCCUGGCUCCGUCUCAUCUCCUCGGCAACAGCAGCUACGACCCUCUGGCCAUCUUCAACCCGCAGGCCUUCGUCUCCGCGGCAGCCACAGCGGCAGCAGCGCCUCCGGGACACCAGAGGGCGCAACAGCACAGCCAUCCCAACCACCACCACCACCACCACCACCACCAACAGCAGCAGCAGCAGCAACAACAACAACAACAACAACAACAGCACCACCAUCACCGUCACCAGCAGCAUCAGACACAGCAGCAUCAACAAGCUGCCGCCGCUGCAGCUGCUGCUGCUGCUGCUGCUGCUGCCACCGCCGCUGCGCUCAAUCACACACACACACACCCCUCGGGGCUGCCGCAGGGACCGCAGUUAGGCGGAGGAGGAGGAGGAGGAAGUGGACACACUCCUCCGACACACACGCCCGACACGCACGCCUUCCUCAACCAGCAUCCGUCGGCCUUGAACGCGCCGCCAGCUCUCCACUCUACUCUUCCUCAGCAGCCCUCUCGGCCCAGUCACCGCGCGGCUGCUCUGCCCACCAAGCCCCCCGGCGGCCCCACCCCGACUACCCCCACCACCCCCACACCUCCCCCCAGCAACAACAACGCCGCUGCUCCUCCUCCUCCUCCCUCCAUCCCCCUCUCUCUCCCUCCUCCGCAUCCCUCUCUCCUGGCCUCCUCCAUGUCCACCUCCUCAGCCCCCUCCUCCGCCUCCUCUUCCUCCUCCUCCUCCUCUUCCUCUCUUCAGCCCCAGCCCCAGCCCAAGCAGCAGCAGCAGCAGCAUCAGCAACAGCCCCAGGCUCCUCUGAGGCCUCUGUUGCCCCUGGCUCCGCUGGUGCCCACCCCCACCACCCUGCCGCCGCUGGCCCACCAAGGGAGCUCCAUCCUGGGGCAGGUGUCGGCACAGCCCCCCCAGGCCCUGCUGGAGGACGAGGAGGACGAGGAGCCGGCCAGCCCACCGCUGCCCGUCGGCCAGAUGGAUCAGCAGCUCCUGAUGCAGCCUCUGAGCUUCAGCCCGUCUCCGCCCUCCCAGCUGGGUGGAGAGCCGCAUCACGGGCCGCCGCAUCACACGCUCACGCACGCGCAGCAGCAGCAGCAGCAGCACCGGCGGGACGAGAGCGCAGCCGCCGCCAACGUCAACGCCAACGCACGCACACACAUGAAGGAGGAGGAGGUGUCUCCUCUACGCAGCUCAGGUCCGUUGAGGGAUAGCCCCUCCUUACUGUCCCAGUUCCACGCAAUGGUGAACCAGUCGCCUGCCAUGGACAUGC